AUGUCUUCAACAAUUCUCACCAACGGUCGCUUCAUCGGCGAUGAUGACUCGUACCGAGAGUGCAUGAUCAUCGAGGGAUCUAAAAUCGCUUACGUCGGAUCUACAGACGACAAAAGAGUCCAAGACGCAAAGUCACAGGGCGCAGAAAUUCUGGACCUUGAUAACCGCGUCGUUCUCCCUGGGUUCAUCGACAGUCACGUCCAUCUUCUAUUCUUCGGUCUUUCACAGCAGAAACUCGAUCUCGGAGGCUGUAAGUCCCUACAAGAAAUUCGACAACGGAUAACAGACUUUGCUGCUGCCAAUCCUGACCUACCCAAGAUUCUUUGCAGAGGAUGGCUUCAGUCUGCCACAGAUGGAAUUGCUCUUGCGAGUAUGAUUGAUGAUAUUGACCCACGACCUAUUUUCAUCGAUUCAAACGAUCUUCAUUCAGCGUGGUGCAACACUGCUGCUUUGAAAGAACUCCCAAUUGAUGAGAUCAAGUCAAAGUGCCCUGAACAUAUCACAUGCGACGAGGACGGCAAACCAACUGGACUCUUGGCAGAACUGGCUGUCACAGCAUUUAUCUGGCCCUUUCUGAUCCAAUCACUCUCAAUGGAGGAUAAGCUUGAAGCCCUGGAACGAGCUGUCGAAGCUUAUUCUGCAGAGGGAUACACUGGCGUUAUCGACAUGGCGAUGGAUCAAGUAGCUUGGGAAGCUUUGCAGACCUUACGAGAGAGGAAGGGCAUCAAUCUUCACAUCGCAGCUCAUUGGUUCCUUGCAUACGAAGCAGAUGAGAAGGCCCUCGAUGAGCAGAUCCAAAAAGCCAUCGACAUGCACAGCAAAUUCCAUCCUUCGAAAUCGCCAGAAUUCUGCAUCGUCGGCGUCAAGCUCAUAAGCGAUGGUACAGUCGACGGCUGCACAGCCGCAUUGUCAUAUCCAUACGGCGAAUCAACUGAUCUGGUGGAACCUCUAUGGCCCGGCGAGGCAAUGAACCGCGUUUUAUCACAGAUCACAAAGGCCGGCAUGCAAUGUGCCAUCCACGCCAUCGGCGACGUAGCAGUCUCCCAAGCCAUCUCCGCCAUCGCAAGCACCAACAAUCCCACCGCGCGCCACCGCAUCGAACAUCUAGAAAUGGCCACCCCCGAAGACGCCCUCCGUCUCGGCAGUCUAGGCAUCACCGCCUCCGUGCAACCCGUUCACAGCGACCCCGCCAUUCUAGAAGGCUACGAAAAGCUCGUCAAACCCUCCGCGUGGAAACACUGCUUCCCAUAUAAAGAAUGUCUCGACGGACAAGCAAACGUCGCGAUUGGUACAGACGCCCCUACGGCGCGACACCUGCCGUUCCCGAAUCUGUAUAAUGCUACGACGAGAAAGUCGGCGCUGGAGCCGGAGAGGGAGACAGUUACCAAUGGGGAUAGUGCGUUGACGUUGGAACAGGCUAUUAGGGGGGCGACGUAUGGGGCUGCGUAUUCGAGAUUUGCGGAGGGGUGGACGGGGAGAUUGGAGAAGGGGUUGAGGGCGGAUUUUAUGAUACUGCCGCGGGUUGUGGAAGUAGAUGAUUUGUUGGAGAUGAAGGUUGAUGAGACGUGGUUUGGGGGUGAGAGGGUUUAUAAGAAGUAG